AGCGCGCCCAGGGCCAGCCAGCGCCGCCGCCGCCGCCGCCUCCUCCUCUCUUCGGGCCUGGCUGGCGGGCUCCCUCCCCAGCGCGCUCCGCCCAGCAGCCGCCGCCGCGCAUCAUCACCAGCGCGGGAGGAGCCUGCGCUUCUCCGCCUCCUCCUCGGUCCCGGGCAGCAGCAGCAGCCGCCGCUGCCGCCGAGCCCGAGAGGAGCCCCCGGGCAGCCAGCGGCGCCGGACUCCGGAGCUGCCGCCGGGCGCGCGGGCAGGAGGGGAUGCGCGGGGCGGGCGCGCCGCGUCGGGAGGCCCGGCCGCCGCCGCUGCCUGCUGCUCCGCGGGGCCGGCAGCGCCACGACGACGAUGCCGGUCAAGCUGAAGAACCGCUACAACCUGGUGGACGACGCGGGCGACUCCCGGGUGCCGCUGCACAGCGAGCAAGCCUUCGAGCACGGCAUCCACUUCCAGGCCAAGUACAUCGGCAGCUUGGACGUGCCAAGACCCAACAGCCGCGUGGAGAUCGUGGCAGCGAUGAGAAGGAUCCGGUAUGAAUUCAAGGCCAAGAACAUCAAGAAGAAGAAAGUGAGCAUCGUUGUCUCCGUAGACGGGGUGAAGGUGAUUCUGCGCAAGAAGCAGAAGAGAAAGGAAUGGACCUGGGACGAAGGCACGAUGGUGGUGAUGCACGACCCUGUUUACAGAAUCUUCUACGUUUCGCACGACUCCCAGGACCUGAAGAUCUUCAGCUACAUCGCCCGAGACGGCGCCAACCAUUCCUUCCGCUGCAACGUCUUCAAAUCCAAGAAGAAGACUCAGGCCAUGCGUGUGGUGCGGACGGUGGGCCAAGCCUUUGAGGUCUGCCACAAACUCAGCCUCCAACACGCCCUGCAGAACGCGGACGGCCAGGCCGACGGGGCCAGCAACAAUUCCGCGGAGGACCCGCAGCUGGAAGGUCUCCAGCUGGCAGGGCUGGCGAUGACGGACAGGGAGAACGCCCCGGCCGACUCCGAGGAGGGGACGCGCGUGCCGGACUGCGGGCCCUGUGAGCCCCCUCCCGCGGGUCCUGACCUGGGAGCCCUGAAAGCCGGGCAGGGCCCGAAGGGCAGGAGCAGCCAGGAGAGCGAGAACUGCUCCCUCUGCCCCUCCGCCUCUCAGCCCCUGGGCAGCCCCUGCUCCGCCACCGACGCCGACGCCACCCCGCUGGCCUCCCAGCACUGCCUGCAGCUCCUCCAGCACCAGCUCCUUCAACAACAGCAGCAGACCCAGGUGGCAGUUGCUCAGGUGCAGCUGCUGAAAGACCAGCUGUCGGCCGAGACGGCGGCCCGCGUCGAGGCGCAGGCCCGCGUCCGCCAGCUGCUCCUGACCAACCGCGACCUGCUGCAGCACGUCUCCCUGCUGGUGCGGCAGCUCAAGGAGCUGGAGAUCAAGGUGCAGCGGCGGCACCCAGUGGACCGCUCGCUGCAGAACCUGACCCUGGCGCAGUCUCUCUCUCUCAACCUGAAGAACCACUACAGCCUGGAGAUCAGCCUGCCCUCCACCUCCACCCCGGCCAGCGUCCUGGGCAGCCCCGUGGCCCUGCUGGGCUCCUGCUGCCAGUCCUUCCUGAACCUGGCCAACCUGGAGAAGGGCGAGGCGCUGCCCAACGGCGCCGGGGAGAGCGACGAGCACCUCAUGGUCCUGGAGGGGCCCGGCGGGCUGCGCAGCGUCGAGGGCUCAGAGGCAGCCGACUGCGCCUCGCUCAACGGGAGCAGCCGGCAGAAGUGCGGCGUCUCCAGCGCGCCCGUGCCGGAGGAGAGGUCGCAGCCGUUCAUCCCCAAGCUCAACCCUCCGCCUCCCACUCUGCGGAGGAGGUCGAGUAAGACCACUUCGCCCAGCCUGGAGGCGGAGACCCCCCACGGCAGCACCGCGAUGCCCACCAGCACAGCCGCCUCUUCCCUCGCUAGCGUGGAGCCGGAGGCCAGGACGCUGGGAGGACGCCGCCGCCGCGCAGAGAGCCAGAGACCCCCAAGCCAGGAGCAGGGCAGGGAGGAGAGACGGGCACCGCUGGCAAAGAGCCACUUGGGCCAGGCCGAGAAGGAGGGCCCAGCGCCGGGGCUGGCCGGCCUGUGGUCCUUCUCGGCUGGCAACGAAACCUGCCUGCACAUCAGCCUCUCGGAGGACGAGCUGGACAGCGCUGGGCUCUGCAUCGCUCGCAUGUAGGGACGCUUUGGGACAGACCGCUGACGGGACUGGGUUGCCCGGCCUGGGGCAGGAAUGGCUGGCGGGACCCUGCAGCGCUAGCUGGGGUCCUCCUAAAAGCCACAAUGGGGUGGGCCCCCGGGGCCACCUCAGAGGGACCGGGAGACCUCGACCCGCGGAACAUCGUCUCCCCGAGGAAGACCGUCGGGAGACCCUGAGGUCUUCCGGGAGGCACUUUCCCUGCCAGCCAACGUCUGCAGAGGUGACACAGGCAGCUCCAAGCAGGAGCCAGCCUGGCCAGUUGUGGGUGGGAGGCCCCAUCAAAGCCCCCACAUACGCCAGGGCACAAGUGUCAGGGAAAUGCCACACAAGAGGCUCAGGGGUUCUCUGCACCCCAGGAAGGGUCUUGGCACUGCUGGCUGAGCUCGGGAAGAUGCCAGAGGUUGUCCCCAUCACCGGGGAGACCCUGCUUUGUGGAUGGCGGGCUCAGGCUGGCAGGAAUCGUCCGCAGAAGGGUGGCCUAAUCCAGCUUCCAGCUUCGGAGCCCAAAAAGUGGCUCUCCCCAAAAAGGGUCCCCUCCGAUCCCCACUCGCCCCAGGAGAAUAACGUGUGCGAUUCAGCACUUGCCGCUGAAAUGGAGUGGGGGGGAAAUUUCCUGGGGGGGAAACCUCAGUUCCUUGCCAGGGAAACAAUCCAGUGUGGAAGUGGGAGCCGGUUUUUACAGUCGUGGGGGGAGAGAGAGAGAGAAAGUCAGGAGGAAGUCGACCAAAGGGAAGAUUUGAGGAGAGGGCAGUAGGAAUGAAAGACUAGGAAGAACUUCUUCAUGAUCACGGGAGCGUGUCGCGGUUCCACGGACCUAGGAGUCUGGACGCAGAAGAGCGGGCCGGGAGGGACACUGGCAUCGCUCAGGUUCUCCUCAAGGAGCCCACAGAAGCUGGGGGGUCCCAGAGCGGUGGGGCCAGCUUUUGCGCUUCCGGAGGAGGGUUUCCCCAGCCAAGAUGGCAGCCCUUGUCAACAGCCAGCCGGGCCGGCAGGUCUCGCUUGCUUGCCCUGUUGUCGUGCUUCUGAGGACGGCUGGGCUGAAUCGCACAAGCGAACGAGAGAUGGGAAGCCAAGGAGGGGUCCGCAGAGAGAGCCCAGUGCGCCUUUCUCAGGUUUGCAGGGGGGAGUUGGAAGUGGGGAGGCGAGCAGACGGGGGGACAACAGAACAGUUGCCCGAGGCAAGCUAGGAACGGGGGCUACCCGUUGAGUCGGGGUUAGCGGAUGAGUUAUAGAGAGAAGAGGAGAGAGCGAGACAGUGGCCGGCGAUGUCAGAGUUGCUUAGCAACCCACCAGAGAGAGCGAGAGCGCAAGCACCGUAGAGAGGCCUAGAGCGGCCACUCAAGCAAGGCAUGGCAUUAGCCAGAUGUGGCCCAGCGAUCGCUACGGAGGCCUAGAGGGCAACUUGGCGGGCAGUCAGGCUGGCCAGAACAAAACCAACUUGCCCCACACUCUUGUGCCUUUGACAGCCCCUUGACGUGCAGAAGCCAGCAAGGAGAGCUUUUCUCCAUUUAAACACACUCCCACCUCCAAACAGCUGUGCCUCAGCACAGUGGCCGCACUCCUAACUAUUCUGUCCUUGAAUGCAGAUGCGGGGAAACCAAGAAAACCUUGCUAGUUGCAAACGCACAAACACAUACAUAUUGCCGGUUCCAGGUUCCUCUGGGGACGCACACGGGGAGGGUCCUCAGUUCUGUGUCUGUGGAAGGGAAACACGACCGUUGAUGCACACGUGUCUCCCGUACACUGUGUGUGUGUUUUAUGGUUGAGUGUCUGAGACAGACCGUGGUUGGUGCAGAUGUUGCUAUCCAGGUGUUGCCGGGUUCAGGGCCUCUAGCAGGAUUGGAGGAGCAAAUGCUUUGGACACCACAACCCCUCUGCUGAGGUGAGCAAGGCAUUAGCCUUGCUGCAAACACUAGCUUGAGAGCAGAGAGUCUCGUCCCCGCUCUCUCUGCCCCGCCACUUCCUAAAGCAGCCACAGAAACUUUCAGUGGGGUUGGGGAACGCAGAAAAGAUUGAAAUGCAGCUCCCGCCCUCCAAAAGGCCGGUCUGCUUAAAGCCAUCCCAAAUCUCACAAGAGACACCUUGCUUAGGGUUGCCCGCCCUCCAGGAAUCUGCCUCCAUCUCCAAGUGACGCUCGAAGGCCGGCCUGGAGAGCUGAGGGGUUUGAGAUGGUGGGAAAGGUGUGAGAACUCUUUGACUUUUUGUGCCCUGGUUCCUGCGGGGAGUUUCUUGUUCUGUUCAAGCAGCCAAAUCUCAUCCAAAACUCCCAACAUCUCUCUCUCUGCAGGAGAAGCUGGGAAGUAGGCAGAGACCCCAAGGAAAGCUAAACUCAAUGCUUGCUAGGUUUCUCUUCCCAGAAAACAGAAUUCUGGGACAAAUUGAGAGUCAAGGCUCUCCUCCAAGGUCAGUAGCACAAAAUGGAUUCCAAGAGCUGGGAAAACAGGCUCUGCUCAGGAACGGAUGAGCUUUCCCAGUGAAUUCCGCCCUUUGUUAUCCAAGUAUUGUAAGAGAGAGGCCAAAAAUAACAACCCCACACACAGACCUGGAUUUAGUCUGUAAAGUGUUCUGUGUUGUCGGGACCAUGGGUGUAAUUACAGAUUCAUUUUCUCCAUGG